ACGUUCAAUUCUCGAACAACCGUCAAGGAUGGCCAGAACCAAGCAGACCGCCCGUAAGUCCACCGGAGGAAAAGCUCCUAGGAAGCAGCUCGCCACCAAGGCUGCCCGCAAGAGCGCGCCGGCCACCGGCGGCGUGAAGAAGCCUCACCGCUACAGGCCCGGUACCGUGGCGCUGCGGGAGAUCCGCCGCUACCAGAAGUCCACCGAGCUGCUGAUCCGCAAGCUGCCCUUCCAGCGCCUGGUGCGAGAGAUCGCCCAGGACUUCAAGACCGACCUGCGCUUCCAGAGCUCCGCCGUCAUGGCUCUGCAGGAGGCCAGCGAGGCUUACCUGGUCGGCCUGUUCGAGGACACCAACCUGUGCGCCAUCCACGCCAAGAGGGUCACCAUCAUGCCCAAAGACAUCCAGCUGGCCCGCCGCAUCCGCGGGGAGAGAGCGUAGAGUCUCCCGGCCCCCGACACCACACAACGGCUCUUUUAAGAGCCACUCACUUAUACGUGAAGAGCAGAAAUUCUACACUAAGUUAUCAUGAACGAAAUGUUACAGAUGAGGCUCGGAGGAAGAAUUAUUAAAACUGUUUCCUCACAAUAGUCAUACUGUAAUCACAUGAGGCCGAAACGUGGUUCUGCCAUAUUCAGCAUCAUACACAUGUAGUUAAAUUAAGACCAUAUAAAACAUUAUUAAUACUUACUCAUUUAACUUGUUUGGUCCAGUGAAUCAUAAAUGGGAAGCUAAUAUUAGUCCAUUCUGCCAAAAGAAAUGAAAUUAUGACUUAAUCGAAUAUCAGAAUUGUUGUAUUGGUAUUAUUAAUCAGACACUUAAUGAUGUAGGAUGUUUGAAGUUCACAAAACGACUUUAUUUCAGAGUUGUUCAUGACAGUGUUUAAAACAAUGUAAACUAAAGGUUAUUGUUGGGCCCAAACCUCAUUGUUAAUAACUAUAAUAAAGAUGAAGUAUAAUCAUCAAUGAUACGUUUAAUCACAUCAGACACGUUAACAUUGAACAAUAUUCAUCUUUGCGCCAAACCUCGUUUUGAUUCAUCGUAAAGAAUAACUUCACUUUAUUAUAAAUGUGAAUAAGAACUGAUAACAUUUGAUUAAAGCUGGAUUCAGCUCAUCGGAUUAGUUUCCUCGUUGGAACAUUGUGUCGGUGAACUUCACUCAUGUCCGGAAACACUAGUAAUCUGUUGCUUUGACAUGUUUCAUUGGACAAAACCUCUUAGUUAACGUCUUACAAAUUAUUCUCAUGUAUGAUAUAGAGAUAUAAGGUGUAAUAAAUA